AUGUGUGCCACGGUACCAUGUGUGCAUAACCUGAUAUGGGAAUGACUAUAAGAUAAGAGUUGAUGUAUUGAAUUGUGUAUAUUGUCGGGUCAUACUUACUGUGUUAGUGAAAGUAUGACAAGUGUAUAGAACUGCUCUGCUGAGAUGGCCCAAACUAACGGAAUACGUCCAGUAUAAUGACUUUUAAUCGUACUUGAUUAUUUUUUACUGAAUAGGUGAGAGUGCUAAUUAGUGAUUGUGUCCAGGUGAAAACCAGGUGAGACAUGGGCCGUGGACGUAGGUUUGCACCCCCCUCGGCCAAGGAAGGAAUCUGGUUUAACCACCGGGGGUCGGAGAGUGCGGGAGGACAUCGAACAGCCGCCACUAGUACCGGGAUCAUGUUGACCGCGCCCUUCGACAGCGAGAACGAGGCUCGACCACAGCCUCCCCCGGCACCCUUCCGGUCAAAAACAGAGUUGGAUGGCACCGAAUCGGUCUGUUCUGACAAAAUUAACUACAAGACGUCCAACAAAUUUUCCGAUCAUGACAACAGGAAUGCUUUCCAAGACCAUGGAGUCUACUUCGGAGACGGUCGAGAUGACCGGACACAGGGCCGAAGGAUCAUACUUCCAGACCUGAGACUUCACCACACGGAAACCUGCUUCCUGAAACACUUUGGGCGUUCCGCAGUGGACCGAGAUUUGAACACCACGUACGGGAACUCAUUCAUGGGCACGCCCACGAAACAGCCCCCUAUACAUAGGCGGUUUCCUAAACAGUACAAAUCACCACAGAAUGGCUCCCAGAAGCUCAACACCUCUACCACACACUGGUUCAAACAACCGGACGUCCCUCACAAAACCCCAACUCAGGUCCUGGCCGUGUCUCAGGAACCAUUCCUAAAGCACAAUGCGUGGAAAUAUUCCAACCACGGACUCCGGAAAAUAUAUCCCCCAUACGAUAGAAAAAACGAACCGUUAAUUAAUAAUGAAUUUAAUAGAUAUGGCGCUGCUUUUACUGUAGGAACACAGUGACGUCAUCUUGCACACAUGUGACCUCACUGCUGGGUAUAAGUGUCACGUGACUUACGUUGAAGACGCGAAGAGUAAGCACGUCGGGAAUGUUGUGAAAGUUUCGCUAGAAAAGCCGGAGUAGAAGCGACUGAGCAGAUAUGUUAAAUUGUUAGAUUUUAAAAUUACCACAGUAAUUAAGUUUUAAAUGCUCAAUCUUUGUUCAAAUUGGCACCUCUUCUGUAACAUGUUAUAUAAGUUAUUACCUAAUUGUUGUCCAUUCGUUUCCACCCUUCCGUGAUGUUACUGUCUGCCUUUCCACCCUUUUAAGGUCUACGGUGGAAUCGUUGUUAUAUAUAUGUUAAAUGCUUCAAUCGUCAUGUGUGGUUUUGUUGCAGAAAAUAUUUAUAUAUUCUGGAUUAACAGAAUGGAUUUCGUGAAAAUAAGAAGGAAAAUUUAAUGAAGUAGAACGCUGGGGGUUUAUCUUAUAUAACGAUUUAACAGAGAGUCGACCGAUGGAGUGAAAGUUGUACUAAAUAUAAAAUGUGUGUACAUGUAAUAUGAUUUAAGUGGUCUGUGAUAAAGGCUAAGUAUAUUAUAUUUAUAUUUCCCUAAAAGAUGCAUCUAGUGUGUCACAAAUAUAUAUUUUAUUCAAUAUAAUUAUAAAUAAUUAUAUUUCCCUUGUUUAUAAAUUCUUCCCUUCCAAACCAAGCAUUCGAAGAAACAUAAUGAUGGUAUCAAAUCACAUUUCGUGAUCUGGUUGAUCCAAAUAUGUAAUAUUAUGUAUUGAUAUCCUUAAAAGAAGUAAAUUUUUAAUUGAUCGUUGGCUAUGUUAGCGUUAAUAUUCUAGUUCAACCUUGUUACUUUUUAUGCUUGUUUCCAGUAAUUGUUAUCACGGUGCCUUAUUUCCCCAUUGUUUUAUUUCUCUUCAUAUAUAAUCUGUGAUACGUAUGCUUAUUGCAUAUAUUUUGAAAAAAUGAAUCAAUAAAAUAUUUCUUGAAAUUCA